AUGGUGCGCAUAGUGAACAAGUUCCGCGCUUUCACGGUCGACGAAUUCCAUUUCCCCCACGAGAUGAAGACCAAUGGCGAUCUCAUACGCUUUGCCAAGCCGCUCUUGUGUCCAAAGCCCAGCAAGGCGGUCGAGAUCUACAUGAUCCUGGACAUCAUCCAGAGCGUCAUGACUUUCGCCCUCUGCAUGUCGGUCAUGUUCAAGAAGGGCCGCACCAAGAACUUCCGCAUCUUCACACUGCGCAAGAGCCCGCAUGGUACCUUCAUCGUGCCCAACGCCAUCGUGUGGCUGCUCGGGCUGGUUUCGAUCUACUUGUUGGCCUGGGCAGGGUUCUGCAGCUAUAUCUUGUUCGUGCAGGAGACGGGACGGCCGUUGAUCGAAUGGUUGUGGUACAUUCCCCUUCCGUGGCUGCCGCUUGCGCUGGGUACAUUUUACGCUGCAUAUGGGUUCGUCCUGACGUGCACGCCGAGGUCGCCCAUCUCGAACCUGGCGCCGACCAACAAGGCGUCGCACCUAGCGACAAAGCUCAGCUGGAUCCAUCUUCCGCUGCCUCAAUCCGCGUGGGUGAUGAACACCUUUGUGCUCGGCGUGCCGAGUGCGAUGGUGGUAUACAACAUCGUCAUCACCGCACUCAACGGCCAACAGCGGGCGCUGACGCAUCGAGAGGGACACGAUCUGUACCGUCAAGUGCUCUCCAAGACGCAUUCGCAGGAGUGGCUCGACGCGGCGCCGACGGAGGAGCUGCUGUAUCUGACGCGCGUCGCAUGGUGCGAUCUGGGCAACGUCUUCCGCCUUUGCUGCGCAGCGCUCGCCUCGUACAUGGUGCUCGUCCUCCUCGUCAUUGCCAUGGUCGUCUUCUACUCGAUCCCGAAUCAGAUCUACCUCAUGGAUCAUCUGGUCGCCAUCUAUCCAGACGACGACUUUGUCCAGCCCACGCGUCGCAGCCUGCCCAACAUCCUUCGAGCUCUGUGCAGGAUCGGCCUGCCGCGCAAUCUACACGGUCCGGCGUAUUCGGCGUUCAAACGGACGUGGAUGAUGGUGCUGGUGGGUCACACUCAGAUGUUCUGCGUGCUGUUCGGUUGUUCGGCCUUCAUCGUCCCCGUAUUCUACCUCUAUUUUGUCCCCUGGCACAGGUCGCUGUUGGGCGAGUCGGCCGACCACGAAGUCACCUUCAUCGUAGCCUACUGCAUCAGCGCGGCGUUCCUGACGGCAGGAUGGGUCACAGCCAUUUCUGGAGUGCUGACGUUUGACGACAUCUUCCGUGCCGUCUCUGGUCUCGCCGGUCCGCAAGCCGAAGUGACGACCAAGACCCAACUCGUUCCCGAGCAGCUGCGGGGGAGGCGAAGCUUGGCGCGCGGAUUCAAGGGGGCAUCGCUCAGUCUCACUCCUGGCACACCCUACUCCGCCGUCUUCGCCAGCUCUGCAAGCCCGAGCACGCCCAGCUUCCUCACCUCCCCACGAGGCGCCGCGUCCACCCUCGGACCCCCCUCCCCAGCUUUCACCAAGGAGAAAGAUCCCAGCGAAACCCUGUUCGAGCCUCAUACCCACAACACCGUCCUCAUCACCACGGCAACAGUCGUCCGAUUCGAACACCAGGAGCAAGAUGUCGAAGCGAUGCAGACCGACAUGUUCCCAUACCCGCCACCGGCUGCCGCGAGCCCCUUCGUUUUUUUGACUCGCACAGAGAAGUAG